AUUUCAAUUACAUUCGUAUUCAUUUGUUUCAUUGGAAAAUACUAUCAUCAAGGAGAACGAUAUUUUCUAAAAUGCAAUAUCACGUUAAAUUACAUUGAUACAUUACGUUUUUUAAAUUCAAAUGAAAUUUGAUGACAAGUGUCGCGAUGCCUUUCUUAAAGUGCAUUAAAACUUCGUACACUAAACAAAGAAUAGAAAAUUCGAAGAGAAACGGUUUGCGUCACGCUAUUUUCACCCCUCAAACCAAAGAACUUUUCAAAGGUUAUUACAUAGGCGAAUGGAAGAACGAUGUGAAGAAAGGCAGAGGUAAAGAAGUGGACAGAGAUGGCUGGAUGUACGAUGGUAGCUGGUUGAACGGUAAAAAACACGGUUGCGGUAUUUUGAGCAAAAUUUCAAGAAAAGACCAUACUAUUCGUCGAUAUUAUAUUGGGCAAUGGAUAGCUGGGAAGAAACAGGGAUUCGGACAUAAUUGGUUCAAAGAUGGUUCUUAUUAUGAAGGCGAUUUCUGUCGAAAUAAACGGCAUGGUUAUGGUCGUAUGUGGCAUUGCAAUGGAGAUUAUUAUGAAGGCGCUUGGAAGGAUGAUCUUUACCAUGGCAUGGGAUUACUCGUCAAAGAUAAUGGCAACAAAUAUGAGGGUCAGUUCAUCAAGGGCAAGAAAGAAGGUUACGGCACGUAUUAUCACAUAGUUACUGGCCAAGAGCAGCGUGGUUUCUGGACAAACGAUUGGUUUAUAAAUGGAACCAUAUCGGAUGCAGAUUUUCGACAACGUGCAACUUGUCCAACACCGUAUCCUAUUCCGGAAGUGGAAGCGAUAACGCGCAUUAAUGAUUCUCAAAACACUUCCGAAAUUAUGGAGGAUGACCAAAAAGCGGAAUUCGUUUUCAUCGAAGAUGUUUGUAAAAGAGCACCAAAGCGUAUAAUUGAGAAUAUAUGCGUGUCCAUAAACACGUGCUCUUGUUUAAAUUCUAUUUCAUAAACAUAUAUUCUUAUUUUUCAGAAUAACAUGCAAUACAGAAUGAAUCGCUGUUGUUUGUAUAAUUUAUUCUAGCAAAAGUACUUCAACUUUGCAUAUAUCUCUUUCUAUCAACAUAUGUAUACUCGUAUAAACUGUUUUGUUCGCAAUAAAAGCUAUAUAUAAUAAUUUAAUUGCCACUUUUUUGGUGACGGCAGUAACUUGACGACCAUGUGUAAAUAUAGACAGAGACAAUGAGACAGGAAAUUAUGUUGUCUCCGCGCAAAAGAACUUGAAUACAGGACAUAUUACGUGAGAACGAAA